UUCGUUAGAUACAUUGCAACUAGCUGAUCCCAGGAGAAGAACAAACAUGAAGUACUUGAUUUUAACUUUGGCCCUAUUCGGGGCUACUGUCCAGGGUCAAGAUCCCUGCGAUCAGACCUGUUGGGAGGUCUGCCCAAUCGAUCCCCGUUGUCCUUCAACCGAUGGGGAAGAAGCCGUCCAUUUCCCGCACCUCACGAAUUGCAGCAAAUUCAUUGCCUGUCAAAGUGGACAUGGCUGUGAACAAGACUGCCCUCCUGGACUUCAUUUCAACGCGGAAGAAUCGAUUUGCGAUUGGCCAUCGUUGGCUUGCUGUGAUAGCUCAGUGGUAUGCAAAAAGGGUAACAAGGGUAGGGAUUGCGAAAAAAGGGACGAGUGCUUGUGCGGUACUUGCACGCCAGUAAUCCUGCCACAUACCAACUGCUCCAAGUUCUACAAGUGUGAUAACGGUGAGGCCUGUCCAUACGAUUGUCCGAAAGGGCUACACUUCAACAAAGAAGAAUUGGUCUGCGAUUGGCCAUGGAGAGCGUGCUGCGACCCCGAUGUGGACUGCAACCCGUGUAAUAUCAACACAUGCCCCCCAGCAAACACUACAACCACAACUCCAACAACAACAACGACAACCACAACUCCAACAACAACAACCACAACUCCAACAACAACAACAACAACCACAACUCCAACAACAACAACAACAACCACAACUCCAACAACAACAACCACAACUACCACCACAACAACAACUACAACUCCAACAACAACCACACCAGCACCCUGCACGACUCCAUGCCAAUUCAACUGCACCGAGCAUCCCUCCUGUACCAUCUGCAUCGGAACCUGCCAGGCGGCCGUAAUUCUGCCCCACUACGAUUGCAACAAGUUCUACAAGUGCAAGGAAGGAACGACCUUGGCCUGCGAGUUUGAAUGCCCACCUGGUCUGCACUUCAAUGAGAAGAAGCUCGUAUGUGACUGGCCGUGGUUGGCAUGUUGCGACCCUACAGUGAUCUGCAAAGAUCCGUGCAUCCCGGGUGUGACAUGUGCACCUGCGCUCUAGGGCCCAGCAGAGCAGUAUCGGAAGUGAUAACAGUCGUGUAAGGAUAGGAACAUUCAUCUAAUUGCUGUGUUAUUAGUUAUUAUAGUUUAGAAAGCAAUCUACGUUAUAUAGCUUUUAAGCUGCGUCAAAGGAAUGAUUACUCACAUUGCUCCCAAGUAGUUGGCAAAUAAAC